UCCUGCCAAGGACGUCAACAUGGAUGCUGGCCCAAGCACCUCCACACGUGUCACCGUUUCUACCAAACCAAAGCCUGAGCCCAGAUCUGAGCCCAAAUCUGAGCCCAAGCCCAAAACCAAACCCGAGACGAUAGUCGAUCCUAAGCCUAGGCCGGCGACCGAUGUAGCACCAUCCGCUGUCUCUGAGCAUCCCCUGCCAAGUUCCCCGCCCACAGAGGACCAGCUGCUUAUCAAGUCCCUUCGAAAGUACAGCAGAUACGUCGAGGCGUAUGCCAAGAUCGUUCAGCAAAAGCAGAUAUAUGAGGAUGUUGCCGCUGGACGGAGGCCACUCGAUGAUCCUAAACUAUAUUCCCCUGAGCAGAUGGAGCCCAUCGUCCGUGACUACCAGCGCCAGCAUACCGCAAUCCAGGCGUUGUAUGACAAGAUGGACGAGAUGCGUGCUGCGGCUGCGUCUUCUUCGACCCCUUCGGUUGGGAGCAAACCUUGACCUUGUUGAUGAUAGACCUGUUUUGGUGCAUUUUCCCCCUUUUUCUCAGUAACGAAUUUCUUCUGGUCUGCUUCCUUGGUUUGUAUACCUUGACGGGACAGCUAGAGCACGCGCUAGC